AUGAAAAGCUCAUUCAAUUUAGCCUUGAUCUUGUUUUCAGGCGCUGCUUUGGCUAUCCAACCCUACUGUCAAUCUGGCUUCAAGCCCAUUGCAGAUAAAGAUUUACAGCUGGAUUUAUCUAAAUUGAACAAUGUAUUCACUAUCUCUCAUGACGAAAAAACGCCUCCUACUGUUACCACUACUGAAGUUCAAGUGAAUUUAUGUGAUAGUCUCCCAGUGCCAGGUGAAAAUACUCAAGAUUUUUGUGGAAAGGAUACGCUUAUUUGUAGAAGAAUCAUUCAUACCAGGGGCGAAACAAAGAGCGUUGAUUAUAUCCAACCCAUUGCCGAAAAUAAGGAUAAUACCGAAUUUAAGCCCAUCAAACCUGAAGAUGAUGCUACAAAGAGCGGCUAUCAAUAUAUUUUGUCAUUGAAUGGUGGUACCUGGGCCAACAGACCUCAAUCAGCUCAAGUCUUUUUAGAGUGCGAUGAAAGUGAAUCAAAGGACAAGCCAUCUAAUCCUACUGUCGUUUCAUACAAUCAUGACGUCCUGACGCUUCAAUGGAAGACCGUGUUUGCCUGCGCUACUAAAGCGGGCGAAAAGAAACCCGACGACGACAAAAAAACCAACCCCCCUCCUUCCAACCCCAACGAUAACGAGAAGAAGGGUAUGUCAGGCAUUGGCAUCUUUUUCACUAUUGUAUUUGUAUUGGCUGCUGUUUAUUUUGUUGGUGGUGCUUUCUACAAUUUUAAAAUGUACAAUGCUAGAGGACUUGAUCUUAUUCCUCAUCGUGAAUUUUGGUUUGAUCUCCCUUAUCUUAUCAGAGAUCUCUUUGCUCAUAUUGUCGAUUCCGUCAUGUCACAUCGUCGUGGCACUGGAGGAUAUGUGGCUGUUUAG